AUGCCAUGGACUAGCAACUUGCAACCGCCGCCAGAGUCAGGUCCAGCAAAGAAAGACCCCUUCGCCAGGAGGCCCACAGGAGCACAGGAUACAAAAGCACCAGCUCCUUUCCACAGCACUGGCCCCAACAGCAGCAGCACCACCAGAACCAUUAGCGUGGAGGGGAUGGACAAGAGACGCGCAACUCCGUCUCUUGUGGUUGAAGCCGGCGUGAGCGUUUCAAGGCCCAGAAUCUGUUUGGGUCUGGAGAAGGAAGAGGAAGAGGAAAGCUGCGAAAAACAGUGCAAAUCUGGGUUUGUUAAGCGCUGA